GGAUGAUCCAAGCGUAAGCUAUGGAUAAUGCCAGGCCUUGGGCCGUCGUCGCUGGCGCAUCUUGUGUCUAUGCCAUUGCUUCAGUGGCCUAUAGGCUACUUUUUCAUCCCUUGAAGAAAUACCCUGGUCCUCCUCUGGCUGCGGUCACCAUUUAUUACAAGGGCUACUUCGAUGUGAUCAAGCGCGGAGGGCUCCUGGAACAUAUCAAGCAACUGCACCAGAAAUACGGCCCGGUUGUGAGGAUUGCUCCCAAUGAAUUGCAUUUUGACGACACGAAGGCUUUUGCGGAUAUUUAUGCCGUAGGAUCGAAAUUUACGAAGGAACCCAGUUUUUAUAAGUGCUUUGGACAAGACGAGGCGUCUUUCGGUCUCAUCGAUGUUCACGCAUCCAGGAUCAGGCGUGAAAUCCUGAACCCACUAUUUUCUCGACGUGCGGUCCUCAAACUCGAAAACGUGGUUCAAGAGAAAGUCAAUAAACUCGUUUCGCAAUUGCUGACUUACCGCGACGCUCAGAAAUCCGCUAACUUGUUCAUGGCCUUCCGUUCAACGACUCUAGACAUUAUCGCAUCCUAUUGCCUUGCUAAAGACUUUAAUGCGCUAAGCACAGAGGGGUUCAUGCAUCCGUUCUUGACUUCUCUGCAGACGUUGAUACCCUUCUUUUGGGUGUUGAGAUAUCUCCCGUUCCUCAUUCCAGUUCUCAUGGAGCCACCUACCUGGAUUGCUCAGUUUCUGGACUCCAAGUCACGGGCAUUGUUUGACAUUCGUCAGCAAGCUUCAGCUCAGAUUGACGUGUUCCUUGCAGACCCAGAGGCUCUUGAGAAUGUAGACCACGAUAUAAUUUACCAUCACCUACUAGCGCCGGGGGCUCGAAAGGAAAAACAGCCCAUCUCACGUAGCUCGUUAUUACAGGAAGCGCUGACGUUGCUAUUGGCGGGAAGUGACACCUUGGGUAACACCUUGACUGUUGGAACCUUCCGUGUGCUCAAUGAUGAAGUUGUGCAUGCGAAGCUUGUGGAAGAACUGCAGAAUGCUUGGCCUAACAAAGAUGCAAUAGUUCAAUUUACAACCCUUGAGAAGUUACCUUACCUGACUGCCGUGCUCAAGGAGACUUUGCGAUUUGCUUCAGGCGUAGUAACCCCUCUUCCUCGCGUCGUGGGACCGGCUGAUACCCGGAUCGGAGACUGGCAUGUACCUGCAGGGACGAUCAUUUCAAUGAGCUCGACCAUGAUGCACAAUAAUGCCGAUGUCUUCCCUGAGCCUUUCAAAUUCGCACCUGAAAGAUGGCUAGGACUAGAUGCGAAGGACCUCGAGACGUAUUUGGUUCCGUUUUCAAAGGGGCCUCGAGGUUGUCUUGGGAUGAACCUUGCAUGGUGCGAACUGUACCUGAUAUUCGCCAACGUUUUCCGAAAGCUAGAGAUGGAGAUGCACGAUACGACUGUUGAGGAUUUCAAGUAUAAUGAUAAUUUCGUCCCUGUCUAUCAGGGGAAGCCGUUGCAUGCUGCCAUCAGGGAAAGGUCAACUUGACGCGUUUUCGAUAUCCCCUACACCACCUCGUAUUCGUAUAUAAUCAUGCAUGUUCCAGUAAUACCUCCAAAUAAAUAUGAAAGUCUUACAACACACU